AUGAACUGUAGCAGUGUAGUGAUGACUCCAUCCUUCUCCAUGUGGGGAGAAGCACAGCCAGGGCUCUUCCUGCAACCUGUAUGGGACUAUGUGCUAUCUAAAGAGCACAUCAUCAGAUCUCCCUUCUAUCCAGUGCUGUUCUCCUUCACUGUCUACAUGGCUUUCUGUCUCCCUUACCUGGCACUGGACAUCCUCUGUCUGAGAAUACCAGCCUUGAAGAAGUACCAAGUGCAGCCUAAAUCCAGACCCACGUUGGCCAUGGUGCUGCACUGCUUGGCACACACCGUCUACAGUCAUCUGGUCUUCAUAUUCCCACUGAGUGUUGCCUAUUGGUACUGGAGACCGGUGCAACUGCCAUCGCUGGCGCCUGAGCUGCAUCGCGUUGUGUUGGACAUCAUUGCCUGCAUGCUGCUCUUUGACUUCCAGUACUUUGCCUGGCACUUGCUGCAUCACAAGGUCCCCUGGCUGUACAAGACCUUCCACAAGACUCAUCACAAGUACACGGCCACCUUUGCCUUGGCAACGCAAUACUCCAGUGCAUGGGAGAUGCUGUCAUUGGGGUUCUUUGCUAACGUCAGUCCAGUAAUGUUGGGGUGUCAUCCUUUGACUGAGAUGGCCAUCUUCAUCAUCCAUAUCUACCUGUCUGUGGAAGAUCACUGUGGCUAUGACUUUGCUUGGUCCACACACAGACUCGUGCCAUUUGGUCUAUGCGGAGGGCCAGGACAUCAUGACCUCCAUCACCAAAAAUUUGUCUGGAACUAUGCACCUUAUUUCACUCAUUGGGACAAGCUGUUCAAUACACUAGCACGGCAGACAUCGAAGGAGCCGCAAGACUGA